UUGAAAGGCAGGAUUACAGAGAAGGAGAGGCAGAGAGAGAAAGAGGGAGGGUAAUCCUCAAAAGCACUUUAUUAUGUACCUGAAAAUAAUUUUUUAGUAUUUUCCUCCAGGGUAUUAAAGUGUUUCUUCCGAUAACCACCAGCUAGUGUUUCAUUCUAAGUGAUAAAUUCCUAUUGUUAAACAGGAAAGAGCUCUUUAAUAAAUCUGAGGUCAGAAUGGCAGGCAUAAAGGAAGUAGAAUAUCCUUCGUCGCCUGAGAAACUGAAACUAAAAAAAUAAAUAAAUAAAAGGCAGUUUCGCUUUCAAAGGCGCCAAAAUCUGGACACGUGUUCCCUGACUGGCUUCCCUGCAGUGCUUGUUCUUCUUUUGAAGGGUCCUACCCUCCUCAGACGCGCUGCCCGCCGCCCAACAGACGAGGUCUCUUCUUUGCAGCACCCAACCCUGUGGAAUCACUGAAUUCCCAAGAAUGAACAUGCAGGAACAUAAUUCAUCUUUGGUGAUAGAAUUAUCCUACUCAGACUUGGUCAUCGAUGUAGGAGUAGUGACUCUUGGUGAAGACAACAGAAAAAAGAUGCAGAAAACUCAGAAGAACGAAGAGAGGGAGAAAGUCGCACAGGCUGCAUGCGCGUUAUUAAACUCAGGAGGAGGAGUGAUCCGCUUAGAAAUGGCCAACAAGGAUGACCAUCCUGUGGAGCCGGGACUGGAUUUGGAAGCGUCUUGGAGAGAACUUAUUCAGUCUUCAGAUUUGCAUACUUUCUUUGAGACCAAGCAACAAGGGAGGUGCUUUUACAUUUUUGUAAAAUCGUGGAGCAGGGAGCCUUUCCCUGAAGACAGCUCCACAAAGCCCCGCAUUUGCAGCUCGAGUUCUUUUCUGUACUGUAGAUCUGGCACCUCUGCGCUUCUCAUGAAUUCAACAGAAGCCUUCAAGUUCCUGAAGACCAAGAAAAGAGCUGCGGAACGUCGGCCGGUUAACGAAGGAGCUCCACCCCGUAAAAUUCUCACAGCUGUAUGUCACAACAUCUCUGAAUCUGAUCUUGCUUUUCAUAUAUUCCAAAGAGACAGGCUUGAACAUGGUGAAAUCCUGCAUCUUCCUGAGUCCCAUUUGGUAGAGUUCAAACAAUUCAGUACAAAAAACAUCGAAAAAUAUGUGAAAGAAACUAUUCCAAAGUACAUCUCUGCAUUUGCAAAUGGUGAGGGAGGCUAUCUUUUCCUUGGAGUGGAAGAUAAAACUAAGAAAGUCCUGGGGUGUGUAAAGGAAAAUGUUAAUCGUGACUCUUUAGAAAAAGUCAUAGCCACAGCAAUCUCCAAGUUGCCCAUUUUCCAUUUCUGCUCUUCCAAAGCCCACGUGGGCUAUGAGACAAAAAUCCAAGAUGUGUUUCUCGAGGGAGAGUUGUACAGUUACUUCUGUGUGAUCAGAGUGAAGCCAUUCUGCUGUGCAGUGUUUGCAGAAGCUCCCAUUUCUUGGAUGGUGAAGGAGAAGCAGGUGUGCAAGCUGACAACCGAGGAGUGGGUGGAGAUGACAAUGGACCCAGACCCAUUAGCAAAGCUGACCGAAGAUUUUGAAUCCCAGCUGAGUCUGUCCAGUGGGCCUCCACUUUGUAAACCAGUAUAUUCCAGCAAAGGUCUGGAACACAAAGAAGAUCUCCAACAACAUUUAUUUCCAGUGCCACUAGGACACCUGCAGUACACUCCUGAAUCCCUCUGGAAGGAGCUGUGCUCAGAGCAUGAGGGGCUGGAGGAGUUACUGAGUAAGGAGAUGCGUCCUUUCUCCCGAGGAAUUCUGAUCCUUUCCAGAAGCUGGGCAGUGGACCUGAACUUGCCUGCCAAGCAGGGCGUCAUCUGCGAAGCUCUGCUGAUAGCAGAGCACAGCCCCCCCAUCCUCCACACCAUUCUCAGGGAGCAGGAUGUGGACGGGCAGCGCUAUUGCACUAACACUGCCUUGACUUUGAAGCAGAAGCUGGUGAAUAUGGGGGGCUAUACAAAGAAGGUGUGCGUCAAGACCAGGGUCCUCUGCCUGAGUACCAAGACCCAUGUCGAGCCCCUGCAGGGGUCAGCCUUUCCGAUAGACUACCCCUUGUCCUACAGCUUUGCAAACACCCUACACAUGGACGCUUUUCUGCAGUCGCUUGCGGUGGUCCUGCUGGGCUUCAGAUCUUUCCUAAGUGACCAGCUCGGCUGUGAGAUUCUAAAUCUGCUCACGUUACAACAGUAUGAGAUAUUCUCGAAAAACCUGUGCAAGAGCAGAGAAUUGUUUGUGCAUGGCUUACCUGGCUCAGGGAAGACGAUCAUGGCCGUGAAGAUCAUGGAGAAGAUCAGGAAUAUGUUUCACUGUGAGGCAAACAGAAUUCUCUAUAUUUGUGAAAACAAGCCUCUACAGGACUUUAUCAGUAAGAAAAAUAUCUGCCAAGCAGUGACCCGGAAAGCCUUCAUGAAAGAGGACUUUGAAAAUAUUCAACACAUUAUCAUUGAUGAAGCUCAGAACUUCCGCACCGAAAACGGGGACUGGUAUAACAAGGCAAAAGCCAUCACUCAGCGAGAAAAGGAUCACCCAGGAAUUCUCUGGAUCUUUCUGGACUACUUCCAGACCAGCCACUUGGACUGCAGUGGCCUUCCCCUUCUCUCGGCCCAGUAUCCAAGAGAAGAACUCACUAGAGUAGUGCGCAAUGCCGAUAAAAUAGCCUACUACCUGCGAGACAAACUGCACGAGAUCAGAAGAAAGCCCCCACCCAACAUCCCCUCAAUGUCCCUAGAGAUGCUUCCUGAAGUGGAAUGGGUUCGAGGUGUUCAGGGAACCUUGAAAAUUAAGAAAGACUUGACUCGGGAUCAAGUAGUAACGUAUGUGACAGAUACCUGUCGGGGUCUCUUUGAAAGGGGCUACUCUCCCAGAGAUGUUGCUGUGCUUGUCAGCACCCAAAGUGAAGUGGAGUAUUAUGAGUAUGAGCUCUUGAGAGCAAUGAGGAAGAAAAGGAUUGUGCAGCUCAGCAAUGCGUAUGACAUCUUGGGUGACCACAUUGUGCUGGACAGCGUGCGGAGGUUCUCGGGCCUGGAAAGGAAUGUCGUGUUUGGGAUCCAUCCAAAGACAGCUGACCCAGCCAUCUUACCCAAUUUGCUGGCCUGUCUGGCUUCCAGGGCAAAACAGCAGCUCUAUAUUCUCUGGCUUGGUGACUGUUAGGAAGAAUCACAGCGAAAAUGAGAGACAAUUGCUAUGGAAACGUUGGUGGGUGAUAGUCUGUUUGGUACUGGCUAGAACUUUUUGAUUCACAAGUCAGCUAGAGGUUCGGGCAGAGUUGACAUGUGGAAUUUGGAACUGCCUCCCUCUGACCCACUCUGUUCAGGGAUACCCCUUCUGGUUCUUUCCAGCAGCUAUGGUUAUGCUGAAUUCUGUCCCCAGUUCUCCCAGCCAGAAAGAUAGCGGUUUCCUGUAGGCACUUUAUGCAUCUUGCACAAUGCAGACCUGUGUCCAACACUCUGGGAAAAGCCAUAAAAACUCCUCCUGUGGCCUUUCUUCCAAGCCUUUCUUUUUUCAGUGAUUUCAUGCAGUUUGUCUUCUGAAAUGUUCCAGAGUUUUCCGUUGUUAUCUGCAGAAGAAUGAUCUGUCAGCCGGCGCCACGGCUCACUAGGCUAAUCCUCUGUCUGCGGCACCGGCACACGGGGUUCUAGUCCUGGUCGGGGUGCCGGAUUCUGUCCCGGUUGCCCCUCUUCCAGGCCAGCUCUCUGCUAUGGCCUGGGAGUGCAGUGGAGGAUGGCCCAAGUCCUUGGGCCCUGCAACCCAUGGGAGACCAGGAGAAGUACCUGGCUCCUGGCUUCAGAUCAGCGCGGUGUGCCGCGCCAUUCAGGGGUGAACCAACAGAAAAGGAAUAGCUUUCUCUCUGUCUCUCUCUCACUGUCCACUCUGCCUGUCAAAAAAAAAAAAAAAAAAAAAAAAAGAAGAAGAAGAAGAAGAGUGAUCUGUUCAGAGCUUAUUUGACCACACCAGAAGCAGAACUUGAUUCCUGAAUUUCCUUUGCUGCAUGGAUUCAGGUCUUGGGAGAUUCCCAAGAUAAUUCAGUCGCCGACAGAGUUAAUCUUAAUUUUUUUGGCAGAACAAAGAACACUGCUAUGUUUUUUUUAAUCCUUUAAAAUUUUCAUUGCCAAUGUUUGCUCUCUGAGUGGCACACACAAAGCAUUAAUUGUGAUAGUAAACAUUAACUGUCACUUUAUAGAGAAAUUACAGGCCAAGAGAAAACAAAGAUUAAACCCAAUUUCUCUGGCUUUCCAUGGGAGAUAGUUGUAGAGACUAAAAUCUGGUUUUAAUAAAGGUGUUUGAGCUCUCAUAUAAACAGAACCAUGAAAGAUAUAGUCUUUAAAAAUCAGUGUGUUUGAAACACAACUUCUCAGCUUACUUCCACUUGUUUCUCUGUAACACAAAAACCUAGGUUUUAAUUGUUCUUGAACUGUAAUUUUUCCCUCUUUGCUUUCAUAGUUAGUGAACCGUUGUUAGAGGCUGAAUGUGUCGUCCCCACCCCCAUAGUCAUACACUGAAGCCCUAUUAUCUUGGGCCUCUAAGGGGGUAAAUAAGAGUUAAAUGAGGCCGGCACCGCGGCUCACUAGGCUAAUCCUCCGCCUUGCGGCGCCGGCACACCGGGUUCUAGUCCCGGUCGGGGCACCGGAUUCUGUCCCAGUUGCCCCUCUUCCAGGCCAGCUCUCUGCUGUGGCCAGGGAGUGCAGUGGAGGAUGGCCCAGGUGCUUGGGCCCUGCACCCCAUGGGAGACCAGGAGAAGUACCUGGCUCCUGCCAUCGGAUCAGCGCGGUGCCGGCCGCAGCGGCCAUUGGAGGGUGAACCAACGGCAAAGGAAGACCUUUCUCUCGGUCUCUCUCUCUCUCACCGUCCACUCUGCCUGUCAAAAAAAAAAAAAGAAUUAAAUGAAGUCCUAAGGGUGCGGGCCAUGAUCUGAUAGGGCUGGUGUCCCUGUAAGAUGAGAGCCAGAGGGCUUGCUCCUUCUGCCCUUGUGCACGCAAAUGAGAGACCAUGUGAGCCCCACAAGCCAAGAGAAGAGGCCUCACAAUGAACCCCACCCUGCUGGCACCUGGGUCUGGGAACCAGCAGAACUAUGGGAAAUACACUUCUGUUGGUUAAACCACCCAGUCUGGUAUUCUGUUAUUGAAGCCCAUGAAGACUAAUGCACCUGUACACUCCUAACUAAAAACAACACAAACGCAUUGUUUGCUUUUCAGCUUAUACAAAACACUACUAAUCUAAAUGCUAAUAGUAAUCUAUUUGAGUAACUAAUAGGAAUUAAAACUUUGACAUGGGUUAUACUCCAUGUAUUAGUGGAUCCUAUUCUGUAAUUACCUAUUCUGUUAUCCUAUUCUGUAAUUACCACCACCCCCACACUGUAAGUUUUUGGAGUUCUCUGCAUGCUUUUUAGUAUCUGUUUACUCAUGGCAUUCCAGCACUUAGCCGUCAAGUUCAGCAAAAUAUGACCUGUAAGCAAGAUUAGAAGGCAGAUGUUCCUUUUUCCUUUCUGAGGAUGUUAAAUCAGAUACAACUGGCAUCAAAAAGCUAUCUAUAAAUGUGGUCUGAAAGCACCUGAGACUCCAUCCCGGGAAGGCACCCCACCCCUCACCAUGAGACUCUGGUCUGAAACUAUGAUCUAAAAUAGUCAGACAAUAGCAGUCCACUUCAUCACACUGGCAAAGCAUAGAAACCCCUUAGCAUAAUCUCUCAAGCUUGAAGGGGAUAGGCUGCACCUGGGUUAAUGAUAAAAAUGUAAUUUGUCUAUGUCCUACUUAUGAUUUAAGCCAAUACCUGGAUUAAUAUCAAGAUUAUAAUUGAAAUUGUUAAGAUUGUAACUGAUUGUCAAGAUUAUAAUUAAUACUAGUUUCUUGGCCAGCGCCGCAGCUCACUAGGCUAAUCCUCCGCCUUGCGGCGCCGGCACACCGGGUUCUAGUCCCGGUCGGGGUGCCGGAUUCUGUCCCAGUUGGCCCUCUUCCAGGCCAGCUCUCUGCCGUGGCCAGGGAGUGCAGUGGAGGAUGGCCCAAGUACUUGGGCCCUGCACCCCAUGGGAGACCAGGAGAAACACCUGGCUCCUGCCUUCGCAUCAGCGCGGUGCGCCGGCCGCAGCGCGCCGGCCGCGGCGGCCAUUGGAGGGUGAACCAACGGCAAAGGAAGACCUUUCUCUCUGUCUCUCUCUCUCACUGUCCACUCUGCCUGUCAAAAAAAAAAUAAUAAUUAAUACUAGUUUCUCAUAGGUUUUAGGUCAGCUUGACCCCAGUCACCAUGUAUUCCCCCUGAUCCUAGCAACCGUGUAUUCCCCUCCCAAUUUUGUGGUUUUUGCCUUUAUAAACCCUGCUCUUUGGGCCAUGGGGUCGAGAGUUCUUUGGGAAAUGAGCCCACUCUCGGCCGCCAGCAAUAAAGGACUCCGAAAUUA